AUGGAGAGGUGGAAUGCAAGAAGACAAGACGAAGAAGAGGAAGAGGAGGUGCUUGACGACGGGGACGUUGCCGAUGUUGUACAUAUUCGAGUAAUUGAAAAUGACGGUAUUGUUCCAAAGGCCCAGCAAGAGUAUGAAACUGAGUGGUCAAAUCGUCAAAGCAGAAACGUAGGCUGGGAUGGUCUUGGAGUCUUGGUUGGAGGACGUGCUGCUAUGUAUGCUAGUAGCGGCAAUGAAGUCGAUGCCUUUGGCGUCAGCGAGAAGUCAAAGGGGUACUUGGCCUUCCGAGCUUCUGGCGUCUGGUGUGUCGGGAGACAUGGCGUGGGUCUGAAAGAGAGGAAGAAGCGCGUCGCAUCGUCCACUGUUGGGAUGUACGGCGGCCCCUGCUCUCACCCUGUCAUGUAG